CAUUCGCUUCGAAUUAUUUGAUGUGGAAUUCGUCAGGAUACUUUAAUGGCUCCUGACUAGGGCUGAUGAUUCUUGGCAGCUACAUCAUAUUUACAUCUAUAGCCUAAUAACUUAUUGGUUUAAAAUGUUAUUUAAGUAUUCAAUGCAACAAAAAAUUGUUUACAUAUUUCACCUAAAAAUUAGGGGCCAAAAACAAAAUAAGCUCAGUGAUUUUCCAUAUUUUUCUUGUGUGUCAUCGAUGAAUUAAUGCCAUUGUAAAAAUGAAAUUCUAUAAACGGGUAUAUCUGGUGUUAAUGACCUGCUGGUCCUCAGUUGUCAUCUUCUGGUGGCUGUGGGGAGAUUUGGAUGAGGGUGGAUGUGGAAGUAUCGUUGAGACUGAAGGGUGUGUUAUUCCAUGUUUCGACCCAUUUCACGAAUCAAUGUGGGAUUUUAUCGGGUACAACUAUGAUUUGGGUUGUGACAUUAUGGAACCACUGACCUUUCAAGAUGGUUUAAGUUUGAAAGUAAACGUGGGUAUCGUUCUGAAGAAAAAAGACUUUGCCUAUUGUGAGUAUCAAGAGAUUAUACGAAACAAUGAUUGGGACGUUAGUUAUUCUGAUGAACGAUUUAGAUUUACUGGUGACGUACACAAUAUGACCGUCGAAUUCAUCCGAGUGCUUUGUUAUGACGAAAACGCUGAAAUAUUUUAUACAAAUUUCCAUGCUUUUACACCCAAUAAUAAAACCACGGUUGCCGAAUUGGAAAAGUCACUGAGGAAUCAUAAAAUUGAGAAGAAACCAAGAGAAAUAUUGAACGUUAUUAUGAUCGGAGUUGAUUCACUUUCAAGAUUAAAUCAUAUCAGACAAAUGCCCAAAAGUCGACAGUUCCUGGUUAACAACAUGGCCGCAAUAGAAUUUGUAGGUUAUACAAAGAUCGCAGAUAAUACAAUCGUCAAUAUGAUACCGAUGGUCACUGGAAAGUUUUUAGAUGAAGAAAAAAAUCGGCUAGGAAUGACUGAAAAACAUAUAUAUUUUGAUAAGUUUGGUUUUAUAUGGAAAAAUUUCUCGAGGGCUGGUUACACUACAAAAAUGGCCAAUGACGCCCCAAGGGGUGCAACAUUUCACUAUUUACAAUAUGGUUUCGAUCAGCCACCCACAGAUCAUUAUUUGCGCUCAUUUUCUUUGGCUUUAGAACAAGACCCGUCUGCAUGGCAUAAAGGCUCGGAUUGUGUAUGGAAUCGUUCAGAGACAAAACUAGUUCUGGAUUACUCCUAUGAUUUUUUGAAAACGUAUCGUAAUAGACCUCAUUUCGACUUUUCGUUUGUGUCUAGAAUGACUCAUGAUUACGUUGAAAGCGCCCGUUAUGUUGAUGAUGAUUUUCUUGAUCAUUUUAAACGACUGAAACGUGAUGGUUUGUUAGAAAACGCUAUUCUACUUUACUUCGCGGAUCACGGAAUGCGCUUUGGCCCCAUAUUGUUCCAUGAGAUGGGUCAACAUGAAUUGCGCAUGCCUAUGAUGUAUAUAGUUUUGCCGCGCUGGUUUAAAUCAAAAUAUCCAGAAAUUUACUACAAUCUUUUAAACAAUUCCAAAAAAUUAACAACAGCAUUUGAUAUUUUCGAAACAUUGAAAGAUGUGGUACAUUUUACUGGACAACCUCGUCGUAAUGUGAACUUGGAACAAAGGGGAAUAAGUCUGUUUGAUGAUAUACCGGAAGCAAGAGCUUGCGAGGACGCGGGUAUAUCGCCGCAAUGGUGUACGUGUAAAAGGGAAGAAACUGUGCUCGAACGAACAGAUCCGUUAGCUAAACGUGCAAUAGCGUCCUUAAUUUCUAUUAUAAAUUCCAGUGUAAAGGAGCAUGGAGUAUGCGAAAUAAGAAGCUUAUCGCGUGUUCGUUCAGUGAAAUAUUUCCCAAGUAAAAAUUCUCAAAAACAGUAUUUGAAAUUGUAUAUUGUUCUCUUUCCAGAAGAAGCUGAAUUCGAAGCUACUUUACGGUUAACCGAUACCGUGUUUAUUUUGGAUGGAGAAAUCAGUCGAAUAGAUAGAUAUGGCAAAACAGGUGACUGUAUCGACAUUAGAGAAUUACAGAAAUUUUGUUUCUGU